UGUAACAAAAAUAUUAAAACUUUUCUUUCUUCAAAACUCUUUAAAGAAUUACAAAACAAACCUACAACCUUAACUGCAAAAGACAUUGCUACUAAACAAAUAGACUCUGAAAAUUUAACUUCUAUAAGUGAAGAUGCUAAUAUAAUUUAUAUAAAUAAAUUAGGAUUAUUAGAUAAAGAGAAUUUUUUGUUCAAGAUUGCUGAAGUUGCUAAUAAAACUUCUGACCAAGCAACCAGUCCUAUUAAGGUUAUUAGUACUAUAUUUAAUAAUUCUGAAAAAUUAGAUAACUCAAUUUCAAAGAUUAAUA